AUGGCGAGUACCAGCGAUGCCUUGAACGAAUUCAUCGUGGGAGGGAAGUACAAACUGGUCAGAAAGAUAGGUUCUGGCACCUUUGGAAGCAUAUAUCUGUCUGUUGAUGUCAGGACUGGGGAGCAAGUGGCAGUCAAAUUAGAAUCGCAAACUAUCAGAUACCCUCGACUGUUAUACGAGAGCAGGUGCUACACAAUUCUGCAGGGCGGUGUCGGUAUUCCCCGCUUGAGAUGGUACGGGCAAGACAAAGGCUAUAAUGCACUGGCCAUGGAUCUUUUGGGACCCAACCUGGAAGUCCUCUUCCGCUAUUGUUCACGGACUUUCACUAUGAAAACGGUUCUAAUGCUAGCUGAUCAGAUGAUUAAAAUAAUUGAAUAUGUGCACACUAACGACAUUAUCCACAGGGACAUUAAACCACACAACUUCCUGAUUGGCCGCGGACGUCACUGUAAUAAGGUUUUCCUGGUAGAUUUUGGUAUAGCAAAAAAGUACACGUAUGGUCCCUCAGGUAAACACAUUCCUUUCAAUCAACAUAAAAAUCCCUCGGGCACUCCUCUCUAUGCCAGCCUCAAUGCCCAUCUUGGGUUUGAGCAGAGUCGCCGAGAUGACCUGGAGGCGAUAGGGUAUGUCUUGAUGUAUUUCGCUAGAGGUGGCCUGCCAUGGCAAGGCCUACCUGGUAACACAAAGAAACAACGUCGUGAGAAGAUAACCGAGACGAAGCUGUCCACCCCUGUGGAAGUUUUAUGUGAGGGCUUUCCCACCGAGUUCACCACUUACUUAAACUAUUGCCGUGCUCUGCAGUUUGAAGAAACUCCGGAUUACAUGUACCUGAGGAGGCUCUUCCACAAUCUUUUCCGGAGUCUGAAUGACCCUCCUGACUACACCUUUGACUGGGCGACAGUAAACACAAACUCGGCACAACCAGCUACAGCUGUCACCAGACAGGUUCAGGAAGACCAUCUUCCCGCUCACUCCCAAGGAUAA